AUGAAUAUGAAGAUUAGCAAAUUAAAUUAUCAAGUUAAUUCCGAAAAAACGAAACCUAUCGAAAAAGUUUCCGAAAUUUUUAAAGGAUUCUCAGUUUUUGUCAAUGGAUUUACAGGUAUUCUAGGGACUAAUUAUUCUACAGUAAUCCGAAUUAUUGAUUUUUGCAGACCCACCAGCUCUUGUGAUUCGAGAUUUGAUGAUUGCUCAUGGUGGAGAAUAUCAUUGUUAUUAUAUGCAUCGAAAGACGAGUUUUGUGAUUGCCACGUCGAUUGCCAACGCUAAAAUUGAUAGAAUUCGAGAAAAGGAGAUUUUUAUUCGGGCGGAUUGGAUUACUGAAAGGUUUGGUGUUUGAAAAUUUGAAGAUUUUGAGUCGUUUUCUGAAAUCUGCAGAGUUUCCAAUAGUUCUCGUCUUUGAUCUAGUAGAAACAUAUUCCCGAAACAAAAUCAAAGACUAAAAUUGUUCCUAAAUACGUGAUCCAAUUUUUGAGGCAUUUUAAAAAAUUGAAAAAGUUUCUAUUCAUUCCCAGAACAGUUUUUAAAUUAAAAAAUCGAAAACAUUUUACUGUUUCAAGAUUUCUAUGAAUAGUUCUCGAUUUUUUAAUGCUUCCAUUUGUUCCAUUCAAAUUAGCCCGAGAAUAUUUUUAUGUGCAAUAUUUUUACCCAAUUUCAUUUUAUUUCUUAAUUUUUUAUGAUUGAUAUUACAUUUCGGAAAAAGUUUGCUGUUUCAAAAUUUUUAUGAAUUUUCAAUGGUCGUAUAAUUUUUGAAUCGUUUAUAAUUGGCCCCAAAAUUUUUUUUAAAAUUAAAUUUUACCGAAGUUUUUAGUCGUUCUCUCAAAAUUUCAAGAGUUCUUCUAAAUAAAUUUAAUAUAUAUUUUUAAAAAGUUUGCUGUUUCAACAUUUUGAUGUAUUCAGGAUACUUUUCCACCAAUUUCCAUGCUUUAUUUUUUUCAAUUCAAAAAAUUUCAAACUUCCUCAAAAAUUUGCUGUUUCAAAAUUCAAUAAAAUUUUGGAUAGGUUCAUAUUAUUACAUAAUAAUUAUUAUUAUUCUCGAUAAAUUUCCGAAUUCAACUCCAGUUUUUUUCCAGUAUUUCCGCUGGUCGCGCUCUUCCCUACAAUCAAUUUUUGAUAUAUGAAAAAGGAGCCAACGAGAAGGCAAGAAUAGAGAAUUUCUUCACCAAAACGACUUCCUCCACCAAUGAAAAAUGCGGUUCACAAUCCGAAAUUGGAGGAUUUCUUGAUGCUCGAAAUCCACAUUUUAUCAAAGAUUAUUAUGCGCGAAGUCGUCUUCAUUUGAUUUCGACUUUGGCUCAAGAUAUGAAAGAUUUUGUGGCGAAUUUACGACAAAAUUCGGAAAAAUCUACAAAGAAAAUGAGAAAAGGGAAUCUGGUUUUUCAUAUUGAUUUGGAUUGUUUUUUCGUAUCUGUUGCGCUUAGAACUCGAUCAGAACUUAUAAAUGAACCAGUUGCGAUUUCACAUCGAGCAAAUUCGGGAGCAUCUUCAGGAGCAUCAAGUAUGAGUGAAAUCGCAUCUUGCAGUUAUCCAGCUCGAAAAUGCGGUGUAAAAAAUGGAAUGUUGGUCAAAAAUGCGUUGAAAAUGUGUCCACGACUUGUUUUACUUCCUUAUCAAUUUGAUGAUUAUAUUGAGGUUAGCAAGAGAAUUUAUGAAAUUCUGGCGGGAUUUUCGAUGAAUUUACGAGCAGUUUCGUGCGAUGAGAUGUAUUUGAGUUGUCCGGAUGAGAAAAAUCAAGAGGCGGUGGAGUUUGCUGAGGAGAUUCGAAGGAUAAUUCGAGAGGAAACGGGAUGCACGGCGAGUGUUGGAAUUGGACCGACGAGUUUGAUUGCGAGAUUGGCGACGAGGUGAGAAAAUUUGAAAGGGGCUGGUUAUUUUAUCUUUUUUAGAAUAUAAUUCGGUUACUUUCAUUUUUUUAAAAGUAUAUAUUUAUUUAUACAAUGGUAAUUCCAAUAUUUUAUACCUCAAAAUAGGUUUUGAAAUUCCAAAAAAAUUGCAGGCACGCAAAACCUGAUGGAGUUCACAUGGUAACCGCCUCUCAAGUCUCAUCUUUCAUUGCAAGCGAAAAAAUCAAAAAUCUUCCCGGAAUCGGAUAUCAAAUGAUGGAUAAACUUGGAGAAAAUCUCGAAACUUGCAUGGAAUUACAGACAAAAUCCGAAAGAGAGUUGGCUGGAAUUUUUGGGCCGAAACAGUCUGCAAAAAUAUGGAGACAGUGUAGAGGAUUGGAGGAGGAUUCUGAGGAAUUUUGGGAGGUUCAGAUUAGGAAAAGUGUGUCGUGUGAUAUUAAUUAUGGAAUUCGAUUUGGAAAGGUUGGUUUGACAUGUGGAUUUUGGGUCAAAAAAUUGUUGGAAAGUUGCACUGUUUCAAAAAAUUGAUAAGGAUUUAAUGUCUCAAAUUAAAUGUUUCAUAAACAAUCAAAAUUCGAAGUUUUUCUAUUUAAUUCUGAUAAGUCUUUCAAAAACUUUAAAAAUUCUUCAUUAAAAAAACUUGAGUAUUGAAAAAGUUAAGAAAUCAAUUCUUUCGAUUUUUUCCAGAGAGAAGAUUUGAAUCAACUGCUGAAAGCGAUCAGCGAAGAAAUUGAGUCGAAAUUAAUCCAAUGUCAAAUGAUGGCUGGAAGUGUGACGCUGAAAUUAAUGGUAAUCAAAAUUGAAAUAUUAUUUCUCACAUUAAAAAGUUCUCAGAUUCGCUCUCCAAAUGCGCCAAUCGAAACCGCCAAAUUUAUGGGUCAUGGACAUUGUGAUACACAAACAAAAACUAUAAAUCUGACAACUUCAACAUGUCGAGCAACACAAAUUCUUCAAGAAACUAUGAAAUUAUCCAGAAUAAUUCUAGCUUCGACGAAAAUUGAGGAUUUAAGAGGAGUUGGGGUGACUUGUGCUAAAUUAAAAAGUCGAACGAGAAAAGAUGCGGUUGAAGCGGUUAAAGAGAUGUUUAAGAAGAAAAGUGAUGUGAGAAAUGUGGAAGAGAAUGAGAAAAUUGAGAAAUCUGUGCAAGGAUCGUUUGGAUUUUUCAAUCUGACAGUUAUUGAAAUUGGAAAAAUGGAAAGAAGACAGAAAUUGAAGGGAUUGGAUUGGUUAUCAAUGAUUAAAUGUGGUGAGAACGUUUUUUUGAACGGGAGUUUUGAGUUAAAAUUGUUAAUGAAUUGUAAUUUUCAAAAUCUCUCAAAAGUCAGCUUCCAUGUUUUUUCCAAUUUUCGCCUAACUUGAAUAAAUAAAAAUUAAAUUUGAAACUGUGAAUGUUUAUUUGAAAAAAGUCAAUAUUUUCCAGCACCCACAGAAACUACAGUAAUCCGAAUACAUCGAUAUUUCCUAUUUCUUCUCAAAUCUGGCCGUUUCACCGAACUUCGUCAACAAUUCCAAAAGUUUCUCGAUUAUUCAGCCGAUUUGAAAAAAUCGCACAAAUCCUGGUUUUUUGCGUCGAAUGCGAUUCAACAAAGAAUCAAGGAGGAAUCCAAAGAGUUUUUUGGAAUUUAUGUCGAUUUUUUGACGAAAAAUGAAGAAGCUUUGAUGAGGGAAAAAAUGGAAAAGAAAGAUGAGGAGAAAUUGCAAAAAAUGAAGAAAAAUUGGAAAUUGGUUGAAAUAAUUGUAGAAGAGAGUAAUACGAAAUUGAAUAAAUCGUGA